CCAACCGGCCCCUGACACAAGUUGACAGAGCCACCAUGGCCGCAUUUCUCAACAAAAACAGCUUAAGCUAAACUCCCACACACACACACACACACUCCCUUCCCAUCUCUCCUCCAAAAAUCCAAUCCUCUUCGUUCCUCAUGUCCAACAUUUCCAAUUAUUUCAAUUCCUAACCCAAAACCAAACAAAACAAAACAAAUCCUCUAUACUUCAAUCUCCCCUCUAUUUACAAUCAUGGACAUCCUCUACGCUCAGAUCCAAGCCGACCUCCGCUCCAACGACGCUCUCCGCCAAACUGGAGCUCUCCUCCAAGCCCUCCAGCAGUCCGCCGCCGGUCGCGACAUUUCCAUCCUCGCCAAAUCCGCCGUCGAAGAAAUCGUCGCUUCCCCUGCCUCCGCCGUCUCCAAAAAGCUCGCCUUCGAUCUCAUCCGCUCCACUCGUCUCACCUCCGACCUCUGGGACACCGUCAUCACCGGCGUUCGCUCCGAUCUCGAUUUCCCUGACCCUGACGUCACCGCCGCCGCAAUCUCCAUCCUCUCCGCCCUCCCUUCCCACCGGCUCUCCAAGCUCCUCACCGACUCCACCAAAGAGAUCAACACCUGCUUCGAUUCCAGCAGCGAUAACCUCCGCUUCUCCAUCACCGAAACCCUAGGUUGCAUUCUCGCUCGCGACGACGUCGUUACGCUAUGCGAGAACAGUGUUAGCCUCCUCGACCGAGUCUCCACCUGGUGGACUCGGAUCGGCCUCAACAUGCUUGAUAGAUCCGAUAACGUCUCCAAAGUCGCAUUCGAAUCCGUCGGGAGGUUGUUCCAAGAGUUCGAUUCGAAGCGGAUGAGUAGGUUGGCCGGAGAUAAGCUCGUCGAUAGCGAGAACUCGCUUGCGAUUCGAUCCAAUUGGGUUUCUUCAAUGGUGGACUUCGUGUGGAAGAAGCGGAAUGCGUUGAUGGCCAGGUCUUUGGUAUUGCCGGUGGAGAGCUUCAGAGCUACGGUGUUUCCGAUAGUGUAUGCGGUCAAGGCUGUCGCUUCAGAUGCCGUUGAAGUCAUUCGGAAGCUAUCAAAAUCUUCUUCUUCUUCAACUAGUAGUGUAUUGGAUUCAAAUGCGGAAAGGUUCGUCGGGGUUUCGGACGUGGUUUCGCAUUUGGCACCGUUCUUGGCUUCGUCAUUGGAUCCGGCAUUGAUCUACGAAGUCGGGAUUAACAUGUUGUAUUUGGCUGAUGUACCUGGAGGAAAGACCGAGUGGGCUUCGCUUUCCAUCAUUGCGAUUCUCACGCUUUGGGAUAGGCAGGAAUUCUCUUCUGCCAGAGAGAGUAUUGUUAGGGCUGUUGUUACCAAUCUACACCUUCUUGAUCUUCAUAUGCAGGUUUCAUUGUUUAGGAGGUUGCUUCUUAUGGUGAGAAACUUGAGGGCAGAAUCAGAUCGCAUGCAUGCUUUGGCUUGCAUUUGUAGGACAGCUCUCUGUGUUGAUCUAUUUGCAAAGGAAAGCGUUCGAAGAGGUCAGAAACCUCUUGCAGGAACUGAUAUUGCUUCACUUUUUGAGGAUGCAAGAAUAAGAGAUGAUCUUAAUAGUGUAACAAGUAAAAGCUUAUUUAGGGAGGAGUUAGUAGCAUCACUGGUGGAAAGUUGCUUUCAGUUGUCCCUACCUUUGCCUGAACAAAAGAACUCAGGCAUGGAGAGCAGGGUCAUUGGAGCUUUAGCAUAUGGAACUGGUUAUGGUGCUCUGAAUUGGACGGAGCCUGCUUUGGAAGUUGUGGAAGUGUGUAGACCUUGUGUCAAGUGGGAUUGUGAUGGUCGGACCUAUGCAAUUGAUUGCUACCUGAAGUUGCUUGUUAGGUUGUGCCAUAUCUAUGAUACGAGGGGUGGUGUAAAGAGGGUGAAAGAUGGAGCUUCUCAAGAUCAAAUUUUAAAUGAGACAAGGUUGCAAAAAUUACAACGUGAACUUGUGAAAGAUCUACGUGAGGUGAAUACCCCAAGAAUAUGUGCUCGCCUUAUUUGGGCUAUUGCAGAACACAUUGACCUAGAAGGAUUGGACCCACUUCUAGCUGAUGACCCUGAUGAUCCGCUUAACAUCAUUAUAGCAAAUAUUCACAAAGUUUUGUUCAACAUAGAUUCAUCUGCAGAUACAACAAAUAGGCUUCAAGAUGUUCAGGCAGUUAUUUUAUGUGCUCAGCGGCUGGGAUCACGUAACCCUAGGGCUGGGCAAUUACUGAUUAAAGAACUUGAAGAGUUCAGAAGCAGUAAUUUGUCUGAUUCUGUCAAUAAGCAUCAGAGCCGCAUGAUAUUGCAGAGAAUUAAAUAUGUUACAAGUCAUCCAGAUAGCAGGUGGUCAGCGGUUAGUGAAGCCAGGGGAGAUUACCCAUUUAGCCACCACAAACUAACUGUUCAAUUUUAUGAGGCAGCUGCAGCUCAGGAUAGAAAGUUGGAAGGAUUGGUUCACAAGGCUAUUUUAGAGCUUUGGAGGCCAGAACCUAGUGAAUUAACUCUUUUGCUGACAAAAGGAGUUGACUCUACUUCACUGAAAGUUCCUCCAACUGCAAUUUCUUUGACUGGUAGCAGUGAUCCAUGCUAUGUUGAAGCAUACCAUUUAGCAGACUCAAGUGAUGGAAGGAUCACUCUGCAUUUAAAGGUCUUAAAUUUAACUGAGCUUGAACUAAAUCGAGUGGACAUUCGAGUUGGGUUGUCUGGGGCAUUAUAUUAUAUGGAUGGGUCUCCUCAAGCAGUUCGGCAGCUGCGUAAUCUUGUUUCACAGGAUCCAGUACUGUCCAGUGUAACGGUGGGUGUAACUCAUUUUGAGAGAUGUGCCCUUUGGGUGCAAGUAUUAUAUUAUCCAUUCUAUGGGAGUGGUGCUGCAGCAGAUUAUGAAGGUGACUACACUGAAGAGGAUCCGCAAAUCAUGAGACAAAAGAGAAGCUUAAGGCCUGAGCUAGGAGAGCCUAUUAUUUUGAGAUGUCAACCUUACAAAAUUCCGCUGACUGAGCUUCUUUUGCCGCAUAAAAUCUCUCCUGUUGAAUUUUUCCGCCUAUGGCCCAGUUUGCCAGCAGUAAUAGAGUACACUGGUACAUAUACAUAUGAAGGAAGUGGCUUCAAGGCUACGGCUGCACAGCAGUAUGGUGAAUCACCUUUCUUAAGUGGACUGAAAUCUUUGUCCUCUAAGCCAUUCCACAGAGUUUGUUCACAUAUUAUCCGGACUGUGGCAGGGUUUCAGCUUUGUUUUGCUGCAAAAACUUGGUAUGGCGGUUUUCUGGGCAUGAUGAUCUUUGGUGCCAGUGAAGUGAGCAGAAAUGUGGAUUUGGGAGAUGAGACAACCACCAUGAUGUGCAAAUUUGUGGUUAGAGCCUCUGAUGCAUCAAUUACAAAGGAGAUUGGAUCAGAUCUACAGGGAUGGUUGGAUGAUCUUACUGAUGGGGGUGUGGAGUACAUGCCCGAAGAUGAAGUGAAGGUGGCCGCUGUUGAGAGGCUUAGGAUCUCAAUGGAAAGAAUUGCCUUACUGAAAGCAGCCCAACCACGACCGAAGACUCCAAAAUCUGAUGAUGAAAACGAGGAUGAAGAUGAGGAAGAUGAGGAUAAAAAGAAGAAAAAGAAGGAAAAGAAGAAAGAUGGUGAAGAAGAUGGAAAAACGAAGGGACCUUCAACCUUGUCAAAGUUAACUGCAGAGGAGGUUGAGCAUCGUGCUCUUCAAGCUGCAGUGCUCCAGGAGUGGCACAUGUUGUGUAAAGAGAGGAACCAAAGUCAAAAUUAAUCAUUCUUUAAAAAAGAAAAAGAAAAAAGGAUACGAAUAUAUUCUUUGUAUUCACUAUUCAUAGGUAUUCUUUUUGUGAUAAAUGAUUUAGGUGGUAGUUGAAAAUUUGACAACAGAGUGCUCUCGUGUCUUUGCUUUUCUCCCCUUUUUUUUUUCUACAUAUUUAACCCCUUGGGGAAGUCCCUUGUACAUCUUGUAUCGGCUUGUCAUUGGUAUGGUGUUCACUUUGAGAAAUUGAUUCACUUGUUAGAAAUAUGAUUUGUGAUUAGUAUUUCUUAUAUAGCAGAUGUAAUUCCACUUUGAAAUUUCAUUUCUUC